AUGUCAAAUUUUAAGAGUAAUUUUAAUAAAAUUUUUAAUUCAAACUUUAAUAAAGUGGAUGUGACCAAAAAUGUCAUUACUGCAAAUAAGGAAAAUAAAAGAAGAUCUCUUAAAAAUAGAGAAAAUGAUAUAAAAAAUACAAAUACUGAAAAUUUAAUUCCUAAAGUUUUGGUGAAAUCUCCAGAUAUUUCUGAAGAUAUCAAAAAUAGUUUACAUUUAAUUUUGUUAGAAUUAAAAAAUUUAAAUGGUAAAAAAAAUGUUGAAGAAAAAUAUGAGAAAAUAUUAGAUACGGGUGAAGUAUUUAAUUUUCAUCAAAAUAUUGACAUAUCGGAGGAUAUAAAUAAAAAAUUAAAUUCAAUUGUGAUAGAAUUUAAAAAACAAAUUUCUGAGGUUUUAAUCGAGAAACCAGUAGAAAUUUCGAAAAAUAAUAAAACAAAUAAUACUUUGAGACUAAGUAUCAAGGAAUCUCUAAUUUUAAGAGAAAUUAGAGAAAUGAGAGAAAAUAUGAAAAAUUUGUCCAGAGAAGUUUCCAACUUAAAAAUCAAAAGUAAUAAUGUGAUUGAAAGUUGUGAACUUUGUGGAAGAAAAGGACAUAUUGGUAAAAAUUGUUAUUUAAGAGACCGAAAAACUAAUGAGAAUGUAACUGCAAAACCAAGUGAAAAAAAUGACAUAGUGUGUCAUAGAUGUGGUUUUGUAGGACAUAUAAAAAGAAAUUGCAUGGUGAAAGAUGCCAAUUUCAAAAGUGGAUUUCCGCAACAAAAUCCUCAGAUUAUAAAUGUGUAUGAAAUUAAAACUUAUGAUACAGACCAUGAUAGAAUGUGUUUCAAAUGUGAAGAAAUGGGACACAUUGCCAUACAUUGUAUCCAAAGUGUGAGUGGGUCACAGUGA